GACAUCCCGUCAAAACAAAUCAUCUGAAGAGGAGAUAGAAUCUUCUCCAUCGGACAUCAGACAAGCCCUCCAAGUUUUGUUCUUUGUGUUUCGCUCCUGUCCGUAGAAGAAAUGGGAAGCAAAUGGCGAAAAGCGAAGAUAGCUUUAGGUGUAAAUCUGUGCCUUUACGUUCCCAAAACGCUCGAAGAAGAAUCAAGAACAUCAAACAACGCCGUUUCGCUUUCUCCGGUAACGGUUCCAAGGCCCACGACGCCGGUUCCUUCCUCCUCUGGUCUUCGAUUGCCUUGGUCCUUUAGCAAAUCCUCAGCAAAGGGGGUUCCUGUAAAGGUGACGAGGCCUACUGACUAUAAUCCAUCCCUUGCUGCAGCUAUUGGUCCGAGCCAGCCUAAUCCCAAUCUCAACUUGGCGGCUGUUGGGAUUUCUUCGGGGUCUACUGGUGGGCUUGAGGGUCCGGACCGCUUAUUUGUGGGUGGGCUUCCAUAUCACUUGACAGAGGAUCAGAUCAGGGAGCUCUUGGAGUCCUUUGGGCCACUAAGAGAUUUCAACUUGAUUAAAGACAGGGACACCGGAAACUCGAUGGGAUAUGCAUUCUGUGUAUUCCAGGAUCCUUCAGUCACAGAUAUUGCAUGUGCUGCUCUAAACGGGAUUAAGAUGGGCAAUAAGACACUUACAGUGAGGCGUGCAGUCCAAGGUGCAAUUCAACCUAAGCCUGAGCAAGAAGAUAUAUUACUUCAUGCCCAACAACAGAUUGCUUUGCAGUGCUUCUGAUGCACUGAAGCUAUCUAUUGAGAACAACACGUAUCUUGGAGGUGAUGUUGAACUUACCCUGUCAGUUUAGGAGAGAAUUGUCGAGCGUCAGACAAUUGUCUAAUUAGGUGUUCCCUACUGGACUGGUAGAAUGACAUG